UCUCGGUUGUCUCGGAGACGACGGAGCCAAAUCUCGCCGUGUUUUACCCGGCUUUUGGAGAAAGAAGAUCUCGGAGACUGUUUGAAUUAAGAAGAUUUUGGAGCUCAGACGCGGUUUUUGAUACUGCGAUUCUUCUGCUAUUCGAUAACAGACGAAGAAAAAAGACCAAGCAGAUGAAUUUCUUACGAGCGUCGCCGGCGCGUUUGGCUAUGAGGCCAGCGUCGUCGCUGCUGCGGUUGCCGACCGUCGCAAUCAGUUGGCAAUUGCCUCUUCUCAACAGCUUCUCGACAACCACAUGCACCCUCCUACAAUCGACUGCCCCGAGUCCGUUCAAUUCGACAGGUCUCUCGAGCCCGAUGAAAAGCUCGGUACUACACACUAGUCGCUCGCAGCCGCUCUCGUUGCCGGCGCGACCAAAGACAUCUGGACUGCCGGUCAUGGGAUUGGCACGAUACUAUGCGAGCGGUCCCACCCCGACCGGCAUGUUCCCGUUCAAAGACCUGUUCAAAGUCCUGCUUUCAAUGAUCCCGCUCCCGAUCAGAGUCGGCCUCGGUAUCUUUUCCGUGGCCGGGUUCGUGUUGAUCGCAAUGUACCCCACGAUCCUGCUCUACCUCCCGCUCCUGCUAGUGCCCUACCUGAUCUACCGGCGUCGGCAGAACAUCCUCCGCGACCGCGCCUUCAGACGCGCGUGGGACGAUCUCGUGGGCGAGACCGCCGCCGACACGACAGCUUCGCGGGUGAGUGCCUACACUUCUGAGCAGUUAGUUGCGAUGGUGAACGACCGACUGCACGUCGCGCUGCGCGAGAACGCCGAGUACCUGCGCACCGAACUAGGGCUGUUGAAUCCGAAGCAGCUCGAGCUCGGCGCGUGCGAAAACAUCGACCGCGAGGUUGAAGAUGUGCAGGGCCAGGUCGCGAUCACGACCGUGCUGGAUUUCGGGCUUGUUAGUCAGGAGAGUAUGCAGCGGGUCGCGGACGUGCAGGCCGUGAUCAAGUCGGCGAUGUAUGAAAAGGUGUGGGAGGAGAGGCCGUCGGAGACUACGUCGAUGAAGGUCACGGUUACGUCAAACUCGGGCAAGGCGUGGGAGAUUUUUGGCGUGACGCAUGAGGAUGAUGCGCAGCAUUCCAAGGUUAUCGAUAUCAAACCGAAGAGCGUUCGCGAUGAAUGAUUGUAGUUUACGUUCGGUGGUUCAAUAAUCUGGCGUCUUAAGAAAUUGAUGUGCUGUAUAUACUAUAUAUGAAUAAAUUCUGAAACUACACUAUUUUAAU